UUUUGGACGGUGUGGUUUAAUAUCUUUGAUAUUUUUUGUUGCAAAUAUAUUUAUAAUAUAAAUAAGUUUGGAUAUUUCCAAUUUCAAUUAUACUCCCAUUCAUCGGCUGUUGUGUCACAGUGUUGAUUCGAAAGUGAAAUGGGCACCUUGUUACGUAUUACAUUCGUGGUCCUAGCGAUUGUCGUAGGUCUGUGUGUGCAUAAAUAUCAGGAACUCACAAGUUCAGCGCCAAUUCCCCAACUGAACGAUGCGGAAUAUUGGGGACCCGGCAGCGCCGCUAAAUAUAAGGAAAACACUGCCAUUAAAGCUUUCGAUAUAAGCGCCAAACCGGAGUUAAUUGAAGAUCUGAAAGCGCAGCUGUCGCGACCGCUGGUGCUCACCGAACCCCUCGAAGGUGUUGGAUUUCAAUACGGCUUCAAUACUAAUUACUUGAAAGAGGUGGUGGCAUACUGGCGCGACACUUACCUGCCCAAGUGGGGUGAGCGCGAGGCCUUUCUCAAACAGUUCCCGCACUUUGAAACCCAGAUUCAAGGUUUACGAGUACACUUCAUUCAUGUGAAGCCCAAGUCCAUCGAAGGUAAAAAGGUGGUACCUCUGUUAUUGAUCCACGGCUGGCCAGGAUCAGUGCGCGAGUUCUAUAGGCUAAUACCGCUGCUGACGAAACCGAACCCCAAGAGUGAAUAUGUCUUCGAAGUGAUAGCACCCAGCUUGCCCGGUUAUGGUUGGUCGCAGGGUGCCUCAAAAGUAAACUUUGGACCCGCACAGAUGUCGUUGGUGUUGCGCAAUUUGAUGUUGCGUUUGGGUCAUGAGAAAUUCCUAAUACAGGGUGGUGAUUGGGGCUCUUUACUCGGUGCAAGCAUCGUUACUUUAUCGGCACAGAAUGUGCUCGGUUAUCAUUCAAAUAUGUGCACUACCAAUCAUCCAAUGCUUUACCUUCUUAAGUUAUUGCGAAAUUGGUUCCCGAGCUUUUUUAUUGAGGAAGAAAAUAGAAUUUUUUUUAGACCAUCCAGCAAAGAAUUUACCUUUGUUUUGGAGGAAACGGGAUACUUGCUUAUUCAGGCAUCCAAACCAGACACAAUUGGCACAACGCUCACACAGAAUCCUGUCGGUUUGGCCGCAUACAUCUUGGAGAAAUUCUCCACAUGGACCAAUCCUGCAUACAAGCAACUCGAGGAUGGUGGCCUCACCAAACGCUUCACUUUAGACGAGCUUUUAGAUAUUGUCAUGAUUUAUUACACUACAAACUCGAUAACUACGUCUCAGCGCUUGUACUCGGAGGGCUACAAUUUCGCUUUCCAUGUUAUGAAUUUGGACUCGACACAUAUAAAUGUACCUACCGGUUGUGCACGUUUUAUUCACGACUUGAUGCAUUUUACGGAUUCAGAGCUUGGGUUGAAAUUCAAAAAUAUUGUGCACAGUACAUACCACAAAGAAGGUGGUCAUUUUGCAGCAAUGGAAGUUCCACAUAUUCUUUACAGCGAUUUCGUCGAAUUCGUCGCUAAAGUAUUCACAAAGCCACAACCAAAGCAAUAGUCAUUCGAAGACACUUAAACAAUUUUUUGUAUAAAUUUUUUAUUUUGUAUAAUUUCUGUUAACAUUGUUCUAGAAAAUAAAGUAACUAAGUUUUUAUCUUA